CUAUUUCAUAUUACGUAAAAGCAGACAACAAGCAGAUAAUCUGCCGUCAACAGUGCUGCCUCUGUCGAGCAACUGGAAAACUAAAAAUGCAGUUGUCGCUAAUGUAAACUCAAAGGUUGCUUUGCAAACGGUAUUAUGUAUGACUUGCGACAGCCACACGACAGCAACUACCAAGCAAUUGAUUUGUCAAAUAUGCGACAGCUCUAAUGCUUGUUGUUGACUUGUUGCUGGUUGUAAUAGGAACAAUAUAGUAUAUAAAAAUCUCAAAAUAAAAUAAAAAUUAUAGUUUAGAAGAUUGAUUCAUAACUAAGAUCAUCGAAUACUUAAAAAAAACUUAUUAAAUAUUACGGUAAGUGUGCAAAAUAUUUUCAUCGGUCUAGAAAAGGUGUUCGACAAGUUUUCGAAUAUAAUUUUACUAAUAAUUACAUAUUAAAUUUACUUUCAGGAAUAUUAAUCACCUUCUUAGACAGUUUUAUAUAAAAUGGCACGAGCAUUCUUAUUAAUUGAGGCACUCGAGGCCGAAGUAAGAAGACAAGAAGCUCAUAAUGUGGCUCAGUUACGGCGAAGUCUUCGUAACCAAGCAAGGACUUUGAGCAUGACAGAUGUUGAGUUCAAGGCACACUACAGAAUCUCCGAAGAUUCAUUUAAAGAGUUGUGUUCUGAACUAGCUCCACUAAUGGCUAGAUCAAAGAGGCAAACAAAGGUUUCUGUAGAGUGUAAGGUCUUAGCAGCUCUGUCUUUCUAUGCAACAGGUUCAUACCAAAAGCCAGUAGGAAUGAGCUUUUUGCAUGGUUUAAGCCAGCCUAGUGUGUCAAAUGCUGUGAGAGAAGUGACAACAGCACUAAAUAAUAUUAAUAUAUUGAACAAGUAUAUUAAAUUUCCACAAACACAGCAAGAAAGAAAUAUCAUCAUUAACAAAUUUUAUAAUAAAUUUGGAAUUCCUGGUGUCCUGGGCUGUGUUGAUGGUACACAUGUGGCAUUAGUGAAGCCUUCAGAGCAUGAAGAACGUUUUUUUAAUAGAAAACACUAUCAUUCUAGAAAUGUUCAAAUAAUAUGUGACAGUGAUCUUAAUAUAUUAAAUGUGGAUGCUACUUUUGGCGGAGCUACUCAUGAUGCAUAUAUUUGGCGCAAUUCAGAAAUAAAUAAUCAUUUGCAGCAGCUUCAUAAUAAUGGUGAAAGCAUUUGGUUAUUAGGCGACUCUGGAUAUCCACUGCGGCCGUGGCUUCUGACUCCUAUUGUUAACGCUGUUCCUGGGACUGCAGAAGAGCAUUACACGAAUGUCCACUGCAGUGCUAGGAAUACUGUUGAACGUUGCAUAGGAGUUUUGAAAACUCGUUGGCGAUGUUUGUUGGCACAUAGAGUACUGCAUUAUGAUCAUCACUCUGUGGCAAAAAUCAUAAAUGCAUGCUGUGUUUUACACAACAUCGCUAACCAACAAGGAACGGAAGUCAUAGAGCUAUCAGAUGAAUAUACUAGACAUGAUUCUGACCGCCAAAUAUCUGACAACAUCAGGAUUGAUGAUGAAACACAUCAAUUAGAACGUGGUCGUUUACAACGAUCACUUAUUAUGCAGCGUCUAUGGAGGGAGAGGAGACCAUAGCUGUUAUUUAGUAUUGUACAAACUUUAUCUAGUAAAAAGUUAUAGUUGUAUAAAGCAGAACCCAAUGAUGAUAUCAUUGUCAAUAUUUGUAUGUAUAAUAAAUAUACUGAAAUAAAGGCGCUAACUCACCAACUGUAAUGUAACGUUACAAAGUCGGGCAUUUAGGAAAACUGUCAUCACAAAAUCGAACCUGAAAUGUUAGAUUACAGAUUGUGAGGAAGCACCUUAUUCAAAAAGAAUUUAUUUGAAUUAUCUGUAGGUACCUACUAAUUGUGUAAAGAUGAAAAUUUUAUACAUAGCAAAAGUAGUUUAUGAUAAUAAGUAGUUAAUUUAAUACUGUUCACUGAUGAUAUUAUUUAAAAUUUAAGUUUAGUUUGGGCAUAGGCAAAUAAUUGUUUAAAUUUUUUCUGGUUAUUAUUGUAUUGUUAUUAUUUGGUUACUUAUUUUUAAGUUUUACAAUUUUUAGAUUAUUAGAAGAUUGCUUAGUUAAGAUUAUAAAUAUAAUGAUUAUCUUGUGUACUGAACCUUUCUAUUUUUGUGGUGUGAUUGUGUGAUGCAAUAAACAUGUCUAUGUAUGAGUCAUGUCUAUGAAUGAAUUUGGAAUUAAAAAAAUGAUAACACAAACAAUGUUAUUUAUUUUCUAAACAAUUUUUUAAGACAUUGGUCAGUUCGCG